GGGGUCAUCCGGUGGUGUCAGGUGGUAAUGGCACCUCGCCGAGUCCUCUCCCCCUUGACCAGACAAGAUUAAGGAGACGUGAGCCCCUCGGUCUUGAUCGGUGCCAUGAGACGUCUAACCAAAUGCAACUCCUGUCCGCCUUUUGCUUCUUCCCCUCUCAGGUCGGCACCCGACCGCCAGCCCCGCCUUGUCGAUCCUCCCCCCGACCAUUUCGUCCACCCUCUUCUCCAACCAUGUCGCGCGCGCGCGAGAGAGAGGUGCACUCCUGUCGUAGGUCUUUAUAGUAGUGAACGAGAGAGAAGGGUUGCAGCGGAAGCGAUAAGAGCAGUCCAAUAUACAAGGAUAUGGAGACGAAGGACGUGUGUCUCGGCCGAGCGACACAGCGGGGGAGACAGCGACGUGGGUUGCACCUCGUGGCCCAGAGGAGGUCGGCAGAGGCUGCCCCUUGUGUGUUGUGUCGCUCCACCUCGACACAGGCGUCACACCAGCGCCAAUCCCGUCUUCUUUAUUAAGCGCUCCACCGAUCUGCCAUCGCCCACCACCCUCCUCCUUUCGCUGCUACUGAUCCCUUCCUCAUCACCCUUCCUUCCCCUUCACGAUGGCUUUCUCGUACCAAGAACACCAUCCUUUUCUUCUGGACUCUCCUUACUUCCCAAGGAGCCCAGCCGAGAUGCUUCUCGUUCCACAGCAGGGUGGGGAGAUGGCCAAUAAUGCCUCCUCCUCCUCCUGCUUCCCCUACCCCUACCCCUACCCAUCCGAAGCAAGCCCAGUGGCGCCGGCCACUGAUGCCAGUGCCUAUGGUACGAGUGCUCCUUCGGUCGAUAGUCACACUGUUUGCUCCCCGGUGGCUUCCGAAACCCACGAUGCUGAGAACAAAAGGAAGAGCAGAGACGAGGCCAGCUUGAUGAUCACUGGUGAACUCAAGAAUACCAAGGAGGGGGAAAUCAAGAAACAGAGGAGACUGAGAGGCGGGCAAAAGAAAACAGAGGAGAAGAAACCUAAACCCAAUGAUUCCAAAGGGUCAAAAGCUUGUUUGGAUACCACUGGUGGAUACGUUCAUGUCAGAGCAAGAAGAGGUCAAGCCACGGAUAGCCACAGUCUUGCAGAAAGGGCAAGAAGGGAGAAGAUUAGCGAAAGAAUGAAGAUGCUACAAGGCCUUGUUCCUGGAUGUGAGAAGGUAACCGGAAAGGCUCUCAUGCUGGAUGAGAUAAUCAACUAUGUUCAGUCCUUGCAAAACCAAGUUGAGUUUCUGUCGAUGAAGAUCGCCUCGUUGAGCCCCAUAUUGUAUGGCUUCAAUGUGGACUUUGGUGAUUGCAUAGACCAACCUCAGUUUCAGAAGCUGAUGACAAGCAUACCAGAGGCGAUGGCUUCGGCAGAGCAAACCAAUCAACUUCAAGCCAAGGCUUUUGGCAAUGGAGCAACAGGUUACCGAGUGAUGGACGAUUCAACACCUCUUUUACUGCAGGUCAAAGGACCCGCAAGCUUCUCUCAUCAGGAUGGUGGCAGUGCCCUGCAAGUGGGAGAACAAAGACAAGGGUCUCUUGAUCAAGUAGGGUUUAUCAACAUGUGCUCUUUCCAGUAGAGAUUUAUAUGUAGCUCCUGCAGUCUCACUGCAUGUACAUGGACGAACAGCAGGCACAACACCGAAGUACUCUCAUUGUUCAUAUUGCCUGUUCCUGCCCAUGUGGAAGUGUUUCUUCUCUACAGAACUGCACCGAGCAAAGAAACUUACAACCAAAGAAGAACAAAGAGAAAGGGCAGAGGCAGGAAGACACGGAAAGAGCUGAUCCUUGCUGUUGGUUACUCGACCACAGGGUAGAAUUUGCGUAUGUACUGAGCACAGUAAAAUAAUUCUAUUUUGUUUUCA